CGGAUCAAAACGUUUUGAAGACCAAACCUACCUUUCAUCCAGAAAAAUGGCGACGGCAAGACCCACGUUAAGUUCGGCAGUACAAUAUGUCCAGAUUGACGGACUUGUGGUGCUGAAGGUGAUCAAACACUGCCAAGAGGAGGGUGCAGGGGGCACUGACUUGGUACAGGGAGUGUUACUGGGACUGGUAGUGGAGAACCGACUAGAGAUCACCAACUGCUUCCCUUUCCCCAGACAUAAUGAGGAUGAAGACUUUGAUGAAGUCCAGUACCAGAUGGAGAUGAUGAGGAAUCUUCGCCAUGUCAACAUUGACCAUCUCCACGUGGGCUGGUACCAGAGCACUUACUUUGGUUCCUUUAUCAACCGACUGUUCCUGGACUCACAGUACAACUACCAAAACUCCAUAGAGGAGUCGGUCGUCCUCAUCUACGACCCAUUAAGGACCACAAAGGGCUACCUGUCACUGAAGGCAUACAGACUAACCAAGGACAUGAUGGACUUCUACAGGAAGGAGGACUUCACUCCAGACAGUCUCCGCGAUGCAGGCAUCAGCUUCAAAAAUAUGCUUGAAGAAAUCCCAGUCAUUAUAAGGAAUUCCCACCUUUGUAACAGCCUUCUUUGUGAGGUUGAUCAGAGCCUCGUUGCGAGUCAGAAAUUUAACUUUCUUGACCUUGCCACAAGUUCCAUGCUGGAGAAGAACCUGCGUCAGUUGAUGGAAUCUGUGGAUGACGUGGCCAUGGAUGCUAACCGCUACCUCAAUUUCCAGAGACAGGCUGCGAAACAGAAGUUACAGAAAAGCCAAUACAUUCAGAAAAGGGCCUCGGAGAAUGCACAGCGAACACAGCACGGUGAGGCGCCACUUCCUGAAGAGGACAUCAACAGAUUGUUUAAACCGCUUCAGCCCAUGGAACGCCUCCACAGCCUCCUUCUGGCGGGGCAGAUUGACAACUAUUGUGCGCAAGUUGGAGACUUUGCAUCACAGAGCUUAGGCAAAUUGUUCCUGUCAGAGAGCUUGAAAAAUAAGCCGGCAGAUAAUUAGACAUUGAAUAUUGUCACCUACGAAUAACUUUCUACUCUGGAGAAAGGAUAAUCUUAAACACAUUGAUAAGACUUUUCAACAUCUGACCUUAUAAUGCCGUCGCCAUUUUAUACGCUCGAUAUUUCAAUACAGAAUGUAAAAGCUGCGAGAUGGAAAAUAAAUUAUUUCCAAAUGAAA